AUGCUCAAACUGCAUCAACACGCAGACCCAGUGCCAGCUGAUCGAGUCCAAAAGGGGUCGAAAUUUACCGCCUCGACGUCAACUGCACAUGACGAGACUCAGCCUUCGGCCGCAGUAGCUUCGAGAGAGAGACCGGGCGUCCGCUCGCCCAGAACCCUUCUCAGUCCAGUCCUCGACGUGACCAAGCAGCCCGACGGCCGGUAUCUACGUGUCGAGCAACUGGAGAUUCUUCCCAACUUUCCGUCACCGCAGCUUAAGAAUGGCUCCCCGUACCUCCCCAAGGAGGGGUCGGAGAAUUUGUAUGCCCGACUCAGCGAACUACCAUUAGCCCCCCCUCCGGGUCGCAACUUGCAGGGAGUCCAGACCUUGUAUCUUGGGGAAUCGUGGCUGCUGACAUAUGUUGUGCAAAAAGUCAUGAAUGUGGAUGCCGAGUCUGACUCUAGCUCACCAUCCACUAUUCAGGUUCCACUGCCAGCCUCUGUCGGCGACAAGCCCGAAAACCUUGGCUAUGAUGCGAGACUGAACGCGGAGGAGAUCGAAUGUCUGAACAUCCGGGGCGCUUUCAUUUUGCCUGAGAACUCAGUCUCCAACAAGCUCAUUCAGACUUUCUUUGAACGCGUCUUUCCAGCUUUCCCGAUAUUCGAUCGAGAAGAAUUUGCGCAGUUAUACGAGUCAGGACAACAAUCUCUCCUCGUAUUGAACGCCAUCUACGCCGUUGCCAGUACCAUCUGUGACGAAAAAGUCAUCACCAAGGCCGGUUUUGAAGAUCGGAACGCUGCCAGGAAGACAUUCAUCAAGCGGGCAAAGGCUCUUCAUGAUGCCGACCACGAGACGAAUAAAGUGGCCCUGAUUCAAUCGGUCUUCUUGCUCAGCUUUUUAUGGAGUGGCUCCAUGGAUGAGAAAGAUAUGUUCUACUGGCUUUCAAUUGCCAUUGGCAAUGCUCAGGGCAAAGGCAUGCAUAGAUCAACGAAAGAAUCUACAUUGCGGACUAAAGAUCGUCGCUUGUGGAAACGAAUUUGGUGGUCACUUUAUGUUCGAGACCGCCACUGUUCCGGAAACAUUGGCCGACCUCUUCGCAUUCGCGAUGAUGACUACGAUGUCGAACCGCUUGAAGAAUCAGACUUUGAAGAAGAAUUUACGCAAAACGUUUCCACUCUGGGAAUAUACGGCAAACAAAGCAGGAUGCACGUGCUAUACGUGAUAGCAAUGAGCAAACUGUCAGAAAUUUGUAAGACGUCUGGGAAAGCACCUAUUCAGUUUCCUACCUGCAAAACAAGACCGACCUUGAGCUGUGAAGAACUUAGCAGCGAUCUGACGCAAUGGAGAAUGCAACUACCUCCAGAGCUUCGAAACAGCGAAUACGAGGGAGAGGACAGCUUCUGGGCUCAAUUGCUGGAUUUGACGUACAGCCAGCAUGUCAUUCUCCUACACAGGCCUGAGAACAAUCAAGCGCGGGCUGACACGAAGUUGGCACAGUCCACCGCAGUUUCGGCAGCAAAGAGAAUAACCAGCAUCGUUGAGGAUUUUUUGACCCUGGGCCUUUUGCGACAUUCCCAAUUACAAAUCCAUCAUGGAGCUCUCCGUGACGUUAAGAAAGAUUGA